AUGUUUGUUUUUAAUAACUUUAAUCUCGUACUUGAAGGAGAUUUGGCGCUAAAAGAAGAAUUCUGGAAUCUGCAUGAGUUCAAGCAAUCGGAAGUAGGACACCUCUUAAUAAAUAUUUCUGGAAAUGGCUUUCCACAUGAAAUUAAAGAUGGAAUAAUCUCAGGGAAAGGAAUUGCCAUCGAGUUUGACAAUAUUAAAACGGAAUGUAUGAAAUUAAAUGGAGUUCAUGAUAGUUGGCAAAAGGCUAUUCGAAUCUCACGAUCAUUAAUGAAAAAACCAGAAGACGAAAUUUUAAACCUCAAAAUUAGUGAUCAUUACCGGCCAAAUCAAAAGACAGUCCAAAAUUCAUGGGUAUCUACCAAUAAUGUGGAUUUAUUAACCUGGUGGAAAAGUAAUUUUGGAGAAGAUAAGCAAGAAACGCAACGACUAUUUAGAGCCUUUAAUGAAACAAAAUGA